AUGUCGUUCUCCAACAGCAGUGGCGGGACGCUCACUGUUCCCAGCCCCACGCACGUCCACCAUGCCGACGUUCUUGCAUCAUCAGUCAGGAGCCUCCGACGCUCCCUCUCAAGAUCACCAUCCAAGUUCAGCCUGGCGCGUACAAGCUCGCCAAGCUCUGAGAGUUCUCACAGCGGAUCCCACACUCCUGUGCAGCAGCAAUCGCCUUGCCGACGAUAUACGCCAACCCCGACCCCUCCCAGCAGCAGCCACGACAACACUACCGCCUUUGGGGAGUCAUUCCAAAGCCACACCCCAGCGGGGCUCCCUCACUCGAUGACCUCGACGACGCCUUUCAGCUCCCCACCAAGCCUCGCGACACCCUUUCGCCCCAACGUCCGCCUUUCUCUACGUUCUGCAAAGACCUCCAAGGCAACCGGCAGCCCCUCGAGGCCGGCUACCCGACUUCGGACAUCGCCCAAAUCCCCCCUCAAGCGCGCGCUGAGCGCUACAACAGAAUCGGGGGUAAAUUCCACCCCUUCCUCAUCUUCAAGCUCGGAGGCCUCGGGCCAGGAAAAUAACCAAUCUUCUGCACAACAGAGCCCGCAUUCGCGAUCGUCCGCCCAGAAAUCUCGCCAUAGCCUUCAUCUAGACGUAUCAGGCCACGCCCAGCAGACGAAUAUUUUCAAGCAUCUGGAAAGUAACGGUGAUUCGCAGGGAGCACCAGGGUCGGGCGCUCUCAAACGCAGCGACGCCAUCAUGAACCUGGACCAGGCGUCUCUGGGCAGCCCCGUCGCGAAACGACGGAGUUUGCACGGCAUUUCAAAUUUUGGUCAAAACACAACUGAUUUCAACAUUUUCGAUAACACCAGCAGCACCACGAGCAAGACCAAUUUCGACAUCCACGACGAAGCCAACCGGGAGCGCGAGUACGAACUUUUCGGUUCAAGUCCUGCUGCUCGGGAGCCUUUUUCUUCCCCGACUCCGCCUCCCCAGAUCCCGAGAAGAACUGGAUCGCUUCGACGGUCGACGCUUCAGCAAAGACAGCACGAUCGAAGCUCUUGGGGCCGGAAGUCUGGUGCGAAUCACCUUGCUCAAAUGGCCGGUGAAUUCUCUUCUCCCAAUCUCAAGAAUCGGCCGCGUCUUUCGAUGGAUCAGUUCCUCCCUCCCCAGCUCCCGCGGGACAGUCCAUUCACCUCCAACGGGUCCUUGCCCAACCCUUCAGCCCACCCUAUUGACCGACCUUUCCAUCAACCUCACCCUCUGUCUAAGACGCUAGUUACUUCCACGUCCGGUAACAACCUCGAGGAGCAGAACAACAGCAUGCCUCCUCCUUAUGUCUUUGAGAAGCCACGAGCUCCUCUCAGCUUUGCCAAGUCUAUGCCUUACGGAUCUUCUCGACCCUCGUUUAUGCAGGAAGAGGGCGAGAAUGUUACGCCUUUCAAGGCAGCCAAGCCGUGGGCGGGGGCUUUCAUGUCAACUGGUCUUGUUUCCAAGGUGAAUCGCAAUCCCGAGGAGGACAACAAGUUGACGAUGCCCGAUACCCCUUGCAAGAAACCCACCAACGGUUUUGCAACUUUCCCGCCUCCGCCUGGCAGUGCCAUCAAGAAGAGCAACCGCUACUCUUUUGGCGGCAUGCCCUCGACGCCCUUCAACGCUCCAGGGGCUCCAUCUCGCAGCACAUUCGGCAAUCCCGGAAAAGGAUUGGGUAUCUUCCAACGACUUGGAUCGCGUCAUGCGCGCCGGGGCAGUGUCUUGAGCUUGGAUGACGAUAAGAAAUUUUCCCUCGACACAAACUUCAAUGUCGGUCCGGGGGCCGAAACUGAUGCCCCUCCGACUCCUACAAAGCAGGGUCUUACGCCCAGCUUAAGCAAUCUGAGUGAACGGAGCAUCGAGAGCCCCAGCGCCAAAAGGUCGCUUCCGCCCCCCAUGUCUGCGGUCCGGCCAAUGAUUUCCAGAGAGUCUACUGCUAGCCCAGUGGAACAACGCUCCCCGCGAACUCCCUCAACUCACGUUAUUCUUCCCGAUGCCAGCUGUCUAUCCAUCUCCAAUCCUGCCGAGUCUCAGAGUACCACUACUCCAGUCACGCCGUCAGGACGCGACUCCUUCCAAAGCACUACCACACAGCUUAUGACUCCCGUCAAUGCCGGUCGUGGCAAUGCAGAUGUCGAUGACUCACUUUACUCUCGCUUCGACAAGGUCGAGAUGGUCGGCAAGGGAGAAUUUUCCUCCGUCUACCGCGUGGUCAAGGCCGGAUACUCUCGCGCCUCCUUCCUCUCUGUCUUUAGUGGAACACCUACGAAGAACCCGCGCGAGAGUCCCGAGCCCGACCGCAUUUACGCCGUGAAGAAAGCGCGCCGUCAGUUCACGGGCCCUAAGGACCGCCUGUCCAAGCUCAGAGAAGUCCAAGCGCUCCAAGCCCUGACACACGCGGAUCACGUUGUCCACUAUGUGGACAGCUGGGAGUACAACCAGUACCUUUACAUACAGACAGAGUACUGCGACGAAGGUACUCUGGACAAGUUUCUCAGCAAUGUUGGUCGUAAAGGCAGACUUGAUGAUUUCCGUAUCUGGAAGGUCAUCCACGACAUAGGCUUGGGUCUGCAAAGCAUCCACGAAGCCGGUUUUAUUCAUCUCGACUUGAAGCCGGCCAACAUUCUUAUUACCUUCGAAGGCAUCCUCAAGAUCGGCGAUUUCGGACUGGCAACGGAGUGGCCCGCCGCCAAGGGUGUCGAUGCGGAAGGGGACAGAGAAUACAUCGGCCCUGAAAUACUACGUGGCGACUUUAACAAGCCUGCAGACAUCUUCUCUCUCGGUUUAAUCACGAUCGAGAUGGCUGCCAAUGUCGUCCUCCCAGACAACGGCCCUACUUGGGUUGCUCUUCGUUCUGGUGAUCUCUCUGAAGUUCCUAGCUUGACCUUCAGCGCCACCACUACAAUAAACGCUCACCGAGACGCGGCAGGGGUUCCCACGGUGCAGUCGCUUGAUGACCCGCUCCUUGGCCAAACCAGUGCUCCGGAUAUCAGUCUCCACUCGGGUGCUGCUCCUACUCGGGUGAGCGUGAUUAUGGACGACGAGAGUCCUUUUAUCACGCGCAAGCGCACCGAGCUUAGGUCUCCCCCGGAUUUCAUGAGCGAUCCUUUCCAUCCUAGCUCUCUCGAUCAAAUCGUCCGAUGGAUGAUCAGCCCCGAGCCGAGUGAGCGACCAACCAUUCAACAGUUGCUAUCAACUCCCUCGAUGGUAUGGGUCGCCCAACGUCGCAGAUCAGCUGCGACCGUCUUCGAAGGUGUUUGGGGACCUAGCGAGUCAACCGCGCUCCCCACCUUGGUUGACGAAGACAUCGAAAUGAUGGACGUCUAA